CUAACGUCCGUCUCUGAUGAACACCUCUUCCUUGUGUAUAUUCCUCGUGCAAUCCCGUCCAUAAUCAACAGCCGUAUUGCCAUGGCGCUGGCUCAAAAUUUUCUCUUUCCUUAUCUCUCUUUACAUGUUACUCAUGCUCCGCUCUCCUCGGCUUGACAGAUGGACAAAACCUCUUCCCCGUCUACUGCCCCCGGCUCUGGGCGGUCUCCUAUGCUUCCUGUGGAUAGCGAUUGAACCUUUGAAUAAAUUGGGGGGACAAUAUGCCUUCUUGGUGUAUACGUCGUUUCUCCUGUUUUUCUUCCCGCACGGACGGAUCGGUAUCCAAUUGGAAGAUACUGCCCUUGGUAUCAUCGCCGCUGCCUUCGGUCUUGCUUGGUCUUGUCUGACGUUGGCCAUCACGGCAUAUUGCGGGAGACACCAUGGCCCUGGUUCUUCUCAGUCCAGAGCUAUCUUAGGUGUCGGUCUGGCAGUGCUUGCUUUCCUAAGUGGCCUCGUCCGUAGCCUCGUUCCAAGGCUCACGGCUGCAAGUCGUAUAGCCUUGUUCUUUCCGAUAUUUCUACUUACCAGUUUGUCAUCGGUCAAUGCUACGUCUGUAUCCAGUCAUGAUUUCACUGAUCAGUUCCUCAUCGCCGUCUUUGCCGCGGCCUUUGCGUUGGUAUCGACUAUCAUCUUCUCCAGCGGACGGAAAUCCUCUUAUCUUGAACUGAGAGAUUUGAUGCACCAAAGCAUCGACAUAUCCUGUCAACUUCUCCCUCUGUCACUCUCUUCUCUUACCGGGAACGAUUCCAAGCCCCCUAUCAACGGCAAUGAUGAGAAGCCGAGUCCGUCGCCCUCAAUCCAUCAGAGCCAAGAUGAACUUGCUCGUCAUCUUCGUCAUGCCACCACCACUCUCAAACCGGUUCUCGCACAUCUACGAUAUGGCAUCAUUCGAAGUAGAGUCAGUCCCGAUGCUCUUGGACCCAUAAUAGAUAGUUUACAGCGACUACAAAGAAAUCCUCUUCUCGGACUCACCAGUCACGUCCCAGGUGAGAGAAUACAAAGUGCUCUUCGAAAAGUAUAUGAACAAGAUAUCUCGCGACCUUCUAGCGUUCCUGGUACGCCAAGAACAUCAAGGACUGCCCGUCAUAGUGAUAACAAUACUCCUAGACGCUCCGAAGACCGUAGGCCCACGAUCCACGGAGCCAUAUCAUCCACCAACCUGCGUCGAGCUCUUCAACCACUAGCCGAGGUUCAUGCACAUAAUCAUCAUGGUCAUCAUCACCGUCGAUCAAUCUCUGUGGCUGCUGUCGGGGCUCAGGUCCAAAUCAAGGUGGAUCACUCUUGUCGUCAACUCUCGGAAGCGAUCAUCGCUGCUUUAUCUAAUAUGCAAGAUCAACUUGACGACGUAUGUGGUUGGAAGAAAUCAUCUGUCACACAUCAAUCAAACGGCGCGGGUCAAGGAACUAAAGUCCUGGAUUUGCGUCUGUCGGAACUGCAAAUCGCCUUGUCUUGUCUGUUUGAAGGUUCGGCCGAUCCGACAACUGGACAAGAAGAACACGUUCAUGAUCAGGGUCGUAGAUCGACAGUCAGGAUCAUUGCUCAGGAUACACACGGUAUGACGCAUCCAGACGAAAAUCCACAUCAGCAGAUUUCUCGGUUGGCAUUUUAUAUGGUAGCUUUGAUAGAUAUGGCGAAGGAAGUCAGGGAGAUGGUAGCAAAUACUGCUGAGCUGGCAACUCGUGCUACACCUCGGCCAAAGUGGAGACUUCCCACGACCCUGAUAAGAUGGAAAGAGGUCUUCCCUUGGCCGAAUAAGGACGGGAGCGAGACAGAUGAAUCGAGCACUGUCGAUGACGAUGUGGAAGAUAUAGACGGGGUCGAAGAUCCGACCACAAGACCAGAUGUGGAGGACGUGGAAGCAUUGGAUUUCGCGAACGCCUCGUUGGCUGAGAGCAGGUCGAUGACGACGCCACGACGAAUGAAAGGGCGUUUUUUGGCUUCUUGGAGGAUGUUUUGGGAUUAUCGUCAAGUUAUCAGAGGCCGAAUUGUACUCUCGUCCAUAUUACAUUCGGCCCGUCACUCUCGACACGUUCUUUUCGCCAUCAAGAUGUCCCUUGGAGUCUCCCUACUCUCCCUUCCUGCCUUCCUUCCCGACUCUACCAGAGGAAGAUCAUGGUUCACUCAUUCCCGCGGAGCAUGGAUGGUCAUAUCUUACAUGUACGUUCUUGAUCUUCACACAGGGGCCAUCUUUUUCGUUGGAUUCUCCCGAUUAGUCGGUACCUUCCUCGGUGCCCUCAUCGGUUAUAUAUGUACUCAGAUCGCACAUACAAACCCAUACGGUCUCGUCGUUCUGGGUACGGUAUGUUCUUUGGGUAUUUCAUAUGGCAUUGUGGCUAGUAUUUGGCCACCAAUGUUCACAGUGAUGGGUAUUACCCUCCCUCCAUUACUCUUCCUUCGGUAUCUCGGAUUGGAUAACGGUCAGAGUGAUAUCAAUUUGGCUUGGCUUAGAUUUGUGGAGAUUGCUAUUGGGAUAGUGGCGGCUGUUCUGGUGGGAACUUUGAUUUGGCCUAAUCACGCACGGGUCAGGUAUUUCAUGGCUGUAUCAGGAACGUUUGAUAGGAUAAUCGAAUAUUAUUUACUUAUGAGUCGCGAUAACUUACGUACUUCUUUAGUUUACCAAGGUGCUGGUAAAGAAUACGACUCUCUCGAAAUUGGAAUAAGAAGACAUAUCAAUACUUGUCGUACUCUUGUUUUGAUACAAAGACGUGAGGCCUCUCUACUUCCUCGACCGAUAAAGUUAUAUUCCGAGGUGGUAGAUAGGACUGAACAUCUUCUCGAGGCUUUUUACGAGGUCAGACUUUUGAGGUUUAGUGUUCCUAGAAAAGCUAUCGUACUUGAUGUUUUACCCAUACGUAGGGGACGGGUAUCUGCAAUCCUUGUCAACCUCUGGGCUUGUUCUCAAUCUUUCAGAUCCCGUACCGCUCUCCCUCAAUUCCUCCCUUCUCCUCGUACAGCUCUAGCCGAAUUGAGCGCAGCAGCGGAUGAACAUGCGAAACGUAUAAGACAAGUAAGGAAAGAUGAUUUUCUUUCCAGAGAAGAUUCGGCGACUCGUUCAGAGAGGAACCAAGCGGAAUUAGCUGCUUUGUACGCUAUGGCGGAGAAUGAAGCUUUGGCAGAGGUUUGUAAUAUUUUGGAAGAGCUCGUAGCUGCCGCUAGAACAUUAUUCGGAUCUAAAACGUUUUAUACCGAUGCUUCGGCUUUUGAACGACAUGAUACUAUGGCCCCUCAUGCUCCUUGAUUAUCUUUUCCCACUUCUGUCAUACUAUCUGUAUCUGUUGUUGUGAUAUCAUCCAUGCCAUUUAAUUCUUCAAUAUUUCCAACGACUAUAUCACCUCGUAUAAGUAUAAUAAACAAACAUCCGAUGCAUAAUACCAAUCGUUGUAGUUCA